UUUAAAAGCUUCCCAUUGAAUUGUAUAAUUCAGCUAAAGCUAUUGUGCCUAGCAACAGCACCCUUUGUUGAGCCAGCAGCAGCAGCUUCGUCGGUAUAGUUACCGCAACGUGAGCACGUGGCAUGGACUGGCGACUCCGUCAUAUUGAUCGACCUGAAUCCGCGCUCCGGUCGGCGCGUUGACUAGCGCGCUUGUCAGUACCCUGAAAGCGCUUGUACGCUGCAUUUACAGCGUAAUCGCUACCACAUAGUCGCAUCGUGGCAUUUUGCGAAACUGCACCGUGCUGCAUACCCUCGUAUCCUCGUACCCUCGUUAUGCGCGUCUCACCGACGCUAUGCAUCGGUGAUGUAGACUCGUCGAUAGAUGCGUCUAGGGUGUCUGAGUUUGAAGAAGGUGUAGGCGCAGAGCAGUGCUGGAUCCCAUUAUAAGGUCGACAAUCGAAUCUGAGAUCGCGAGACAACGCGCGAGGAAUGACAAAGUAAAAGAAAGUGGAUUCUGUGCUCGAGAUUUCAUUUAAAAACGGGUCGACACGGGCCGGAAAGAAAGUCAACGUAUCUAGACUCGAUAGUGCAAAAAUAAAAGGACAGCCUGAAAUAUACGGCUAAAUCAGCUCGCACUAAUCGGACGCUACUCGAUGUUUGAGAAAGUCUCGACAUGACACGAAGCUAAACAAAGUGUAAGGAGAUCCUAUCGCUGUCAGCAUGUGGACGAAUCACUUGAUAGUGGCGGCAAUUGUACUCGCGGUUGCCAACGUCUGUCAUGCGGAGUGCCAGACUCGCUCCAUUUACUGCUACGAAUGCGAUUCAUGGACGGAUCUCAGAUGCAAGGAUCCUUUCAAUUACACGGCACUACCUAGGGAUCAGCCACCGCUGAUGACAUGUAACGGAUGUUGCGUAAAAAUGGUCCGCAACGCAAAAUCACCAUACGAGAGCGUGAGGAGAACUUGUACCUCGCAACUACAAAUAAACUUAUUCAUGGUGGACCACGUGUGCAUGAUGGAAAGUACCGGCACUGGUCACAUGUGCUUCUGUGAGGAGGAUAUGUGCAAUCGUGUACCCCCGACCUCGCGCUCGAAUCCCGUACUCCUGCUGAUCCUGUCGACCAUCCUUAUUCUGCGUUCGACCGUCUUAGGAGCCUCAGCUUGCUUUGUAGAACAUUGCAAUGAUCACAUCGUAUAACACCAAUUAAUUCGAUCCACCCAUCGCAGUGGUGUCCAAUCAUAUCCUUUGUAGAUUCUAGCGAGUCGACAACAUGACCAUUCGUCGGAACGAACGAUCGAGCUGGCUUCGAUCCCGAAAGCUAGAUCCUUCUAGAUAAUAAAAGAGGAAAGUCGAAAGCAUAGAGUGUGAUAGACGACGUAUAUCAUUAUCAUUAAUUUCGUGUCUCUGUUGAACGCGCAUUGUCGAUCCAUCAGAUCACGUAGAUAUCAUAUAUGUUAUAUUUAUAUGAUAUAAAAGUUUUAUCAAAGUUGCAUAUCUUAUGAAUA